AUGUUUGAUUUAAAUGCAAGUGAUGAAGAAUUGAAGUCUAAAUAUGGACUUCGAAAUAUGCAUCCUACUGAUAUUGGUGAUGUAACUUAUUUUGAUACCCCCAUACCAGAAGAUUUAUCUGAUUUGACUCCUCAACAACAAUAUGAAUUACUUAUUAAACUUGUUGAUUUAAAUCAACCAUCACCAAGCCAAGCUGGGGAUGCUAAUAUUUUAUUGGAUUUAAUUAUUAAACAAGACACAUCUAAAUCUCAAGCCAUACGAGAUUCCAAGAAAUCUUUAUCUCAAUUUGAACAUCAAGUUCAUAAAUAUAAUGAAGAUUUGAAAAAAAUAAUUGAAUCUAAUUCUAUACAUUUUAUUAAUACUAAAUGGAAAAUCGAUAAUGCCAUGAUUGAUUUUAUGAAACUGAAAACUAAAGCUCAACAAGAUCGUGCUAGUAGUAGAGUGUUUAAUCCCCAAAGACGAAAUUUAACUAAUAAAGAAGGACUUACAGCUGAACUUGAAGAUAAUAUUAAUAGUUUACAAGCCAAUACAUCAUCAAUGAUUCAACCUAUUAUUGAAAGUAAAGCUAAAGAAGAUAAAGUUGUUAAAAUGAUUGAAUUCACUAAAGCCAAUCAAAAUUUUUUUGAUUUACCCAAUAGUUUAGUUCAUUCAUUAUCACUUAAUAAUAAUGAAAAAUUCAUUGAUGAUUAUAAUCGAUAUAUUCAUGAUAAAGAUCGAUUUUUAAGUGUACUUAAUAAUAGAUAUCGAGAUCAAGUUUUAAAAUUGACUCAUGAUAAUAUCAAUGGUAAAAAUGACCAAGCACUUCGAACCAUAGAAGAUGAUCGGAAAUUACAAUUAACAUUAAUUCUGAAAGUUUUCAAAGAAAUUGAUACUAUAGCUCAUAAUUAUAGGAAUAAAAUUUAUCAAGAAUUUUUAUCAUUAGAUCAUGAAGCUAGUAAAACUCAAUCAACAUCAAAAUUUAUGUCAUUAGUAGAUAAUUUAUCACGAUUAAAUCUUGAUGAUAAAAUGAAAAAUCCUAUUGCUGAUUUUUUGACUAAACAAAUUGAAGCCAUUGAUAAAGAUUUUGAAUAUCAAGUGGAAAAAUUUGAUAGUAAAUUUUUACUUAUGCAAAAUAAAUUAAUUGAUUAUAUUGGUUCAUUAAAUCCCGAAAGAAGAGAAGGUUCACAUAUCAAUUAUAUUAAUGAAAAAUAUGAUACUUAUAAAGAUGAAAUCAAUUCUGCUACUAUAAAUGGAGAAAACAAAUUAAUGAUUAUUAAAGAAGCAUUUGAAAGUAAUGAUUCAUUAGAUUUAAGUCUUAUUAAUGAAGCAUGGUUAGUAUUAUUUAAUUUUAUAAAUUAUUUGGAUAAUAUGGUUUUAUCAAAUCUUUUAAAAUUUCUUAAUAAUUAUGUUCAUUAUAUUAAAUUGGGGAUAGACAGUCAGGGGAAAAUCAGAGAUUCAGCCAUUGAAUUGAUUAAUAAAGUUGUUGUAAUCAUGAUGGCUUUAUUUGAUGAUGAAAAUAAUAAUAAUAAUAAUAAUAAUAAUAAUAAAGAAAAGAAUAAUUCUAAUCCAUUGGAAAGUUCACCUAAAAAUUAUAAACAAUUUGUUCCUUAUUAUACAAAUUCUUUAUCAACUAUAUAUCAUUUAACAAAAAUCAAUCGUAUUGUUAAUAAAAUUAUCAAUAAUUUUGGGAAUUUUGUUGGUACAAUAGGUAAUAUUAGUCAAUAUUCUGAAACUAAUAAAGUGAUGAAAAGUUUGAAAAAUUCAUCGACAAAAAUCAAUCAAAAAAUUCUUGAAGCAAUAUGUGCCACCUGGGUUAAUGAUUGUUCACAAUUUUAUGAAUUAGAAGAUUGGACUUUAGAUAAACAAAAUAACAAACAUAAUAACAACAACAAUAAGAAUAAGAAUAAUAAUAAUAAUAGUGGUAAUGCUAAAUGUACUAAAUUAAUGAAUGUCAUUCAAUGUUAUCAAUUAUAUGUUUUGUUGAAGAUUUCUAAUUUAGUAAUUCAUGAUCAAUCAUCGGAUUAUAAUGUUGUUGCCGUUUAUCCUAGUAAAAGAAUGUUAGUUUCUAUUGAAAUUCAAUUUAUGAGAAGUUUAAAUAUUAUUGUUGAUUCUAUGAUGAAGAAAUAUAAUUUAGAUCGUCAAAUUAGUCAACAAUCUUCAAACAAUAUGGAUGAUUCUAAUGCUAAAAAUUUACAAGUUUUCAAAAUUUUGACAAUGAAUAAUUUUGAUAAAUUAUCAAGAAUAAUUUAUCCGGAAUUAUUAUUACAAUUUGAUAAAUUUUUCGAUAAAGAUUUACUGAAACAAAAUUUGAAAUUAUUUGCUGAUAUUGAUAAAGCAAGUUUAACCAUAAUUGAUGAUAUUUUAAAUAUUGAAAAAUUAUAUAUUGCUCAAACUGUCAAUAAAUUUUUCCAUACCACCACUGGUGCCAAAGCCAAAGCCAAAGCCAAAGCCAAAGGAACUAAUAUUAGUUAUACUUCACCACAAGUUUUAAAAGUUGAUGGAUUUGUUUAUGAGAUUUUAAUUCAUUUUGUUAAACUUAUCAAUAAGAUCAAACCAUUAACUAAUGAAGAAGUAUUUGUCACAAUUAUUAAUGAAUUACAAUUGAAUUUAUUGAAAAAUAUUCUUGAUAAUACUCGUCAAAUACUUUUAAAACUGUCAUUAGCUUAUGUUAAUUUAAAAUUAGAUGCAAAUUUUAUUUUACUUGUAUUUGAAAAAUCAAAACUUUUACAAUUAAAUGAUUCAAGUUAUAAAAUUUUACAAAUUUUAUUAAAUGAAAUUGAUAAUAAAAAUAAUGAAUUAUUUAAUGAUAAAAAUCAACAAUUUAAUUAUUCUAAAAAAGAUUUUGAUGAAAUUUUACAAUUAAAUAUGCAAGAUUCUGCCAAUGAAUUUAGUUGCUUCUAG